AUGAGGGCUCGUUCAGACCGGUUUUCCAUAUCACUCAGCUACCAUGGAGACUACCGAGCUUCAUUUAACGACCUUCCUGCCGAGAUCGUCGCCAUCAUCAUACAAUAUGCUGCAAAACCCACUUUUACUCAAGACGAGGAAUAUGAGCUGAUGAAUCUGUACUCGACCGCUCGUGAACUUUGUCUCGUCUUCCGCGCUUCUAGGCACGUUGCACUGCCUAUAAUGUUGCACACGGUAUUACUGGAUUUUCGUAACAUGCCAGCUUUCUUGCGUGCUCUACAUAUGCAGAACGAAUACGCUCACACAUAUCCUGCUCUCCGUUUCGAGUACACGCCUUACAUACGCAACAUCUGGUUUGGAGAGCGUUGGGGUGGGCGUCCCUCAGACGCUCACGUGUACAGCCGCUUUACCUCUGAGCCUGUGUCAGACCUUGAGCUCAUCGCUCCAAUACUCCUGGGCGCAUCGUCACUAGCGAUCGAGUUCUCGUGUCUAGACCUCCUGGCAUUCUGUGUAGAGCUCGCAUGGAGCCGUAUGGACGACAACAUAGACCGUGGAUGUUUGCCACUUCCGUGGAACAUAAAAACAUUAACGUUAUCGAGGAUCAUCUGUGAUUCAUGGGACAUGGCAAGGCUUGCCUCAGGAUCAGCCUUCCUGGCAUCCAUCACCCACCUUAUCGCCAUCCCUCCCGAUGAGGAUGACUUCACACGUCCUUUGUCGGUCUAGCCGCGGUGUUGGAUCUCAAAGUCUCUGUGGAUGGAGUACGUUCCGUGGGAUUCUUUCGGGAGACUCGAAAGAGCCUCUUUGGUUUUCCCCCAAGUCAAGCUUCCGUUCAAUAUAUACGAAUCUAGUAUGGGACUGAAAUUACACGCGGAACUGUUGACGCUCCCUGGUUCCAUGCUCAGGGGCCGCCGCGUACCCGCCGAGAUACAAGGGUCCAAAGAUGCUGAAGAGGAUUAUUUUUUGUUGAAAGAUGUUGAUGCCGAGGUGUCCGAUCAUCCGGUGCACUUUUGUACUACAACGACUUGUCUAUCUUGUCUUCAUCCAGAUUGGCAGAAAGUGUGGGCAUCCGGGUUGCAAGCUGAAGGGAGAUGGGUGUUAUGAUGCGAUUAAUAUUGGGUAUACGUAGAUGUUCGUAGCUGGCUUCCU